AUGCGGAUCACGCUGGCAAGAUCGACCGCAAAGCCGGUCCAAGCGCUCGCGGUGCUGGAAACCGGGGCGCAUGAGAUCUUCAACCUGGACACUGGCGACAUCGCGUUGAUGUGCGCGUUGCACAGCAGCGAGGACGAACAUGUGGCCCGGGCAGGGAUCACCCCUACCGCCAUCCACAACAACUGCUCCGGCAAGCAUGCGGGCAUGAUCGCCGGGGCACGGGCGCUGGGGACCCGGAUCGAGGACUAUCAUCGCCUGGAGCAUCCGUUGCAAGGCCAGGUCCGCCACGCGAUCGCCGACCUGUCCGGCCUCGACCCCGGGGAUGUCGUCUGGUGUAAUGACGGGUGUAAUCUCCUAGCGCCCGCUCUUCCGCUGCAGAAUCUCGCGACGGUAGGAGUCUGGACUCGGUCUCAACCACCGCCAGGACGCGACACCUGUCGCAAAGUCUUCACCGCACUGGUGCAGCACCCGGAGCUGGUCGCUGGACAGGGGCGCUUCUGCACCACCCUCAUGCAUGCCUACGGGGGCGCGGUGGUCGCCUCCGAAUGCGGCGCCCAGAUGCCUGGACGCGAUGGAGCGAUUGGCAUCGCGGUCAAAAUCGAAGAUGGCAACAUUGGCAUGCUUUACGCGGCGGUCAUGGAGAUACUGCAGCAACUUGGCAUCGGGACGCCGGAGAUCUGGCACCGGCUGGCGAGGUUUCAUCAUCCAAAGCUCGUCAACACUGCUGGUGUAACGACGGGGUCUGUGAAGUUCGAUUUCAAAGUACAGAAAGCACUCUAG